AUGCUGCUGCCGGUGCUGAGCUGGCUGUACUCCGCCCUGCUAGUCGCGGUCUGCGGCGGAGCUCUGCCGGAGGCGGAGGUCAAAAUCAAAGUUCUGCACAAACCUUUCCUGUGUCAUCGCAAGACCAAGUAUGGAGACAUGCUGCUGGUGCACCAUAAAGGCUACUUCGAGAAUGGGACAAAGUUCCACGACAGGUAUCGUGGGAAUCCCGCUGAUGGUGACAAACUGGCAAUGUGGUUCACUUUGGGCAUCAUGGAGGUCAUCAAAGGCUGGGAUAAAGGCCUUCAGGACAUGUGUGCAGGAGAGAAGAGGAGAUUGGUUAUACCUCCAGCUUUAGCCUUUGGAAAAGAAGGCAGUGGUAAAAUUCCUCCCGAGAGCACCUUGACGUUCAUCAUCGAGCUGCUUGAGAUCAGAAAUGGUCCGAGGUCGCACGAGUCCUUCCAGGAAAUGGACCUCAAUGACGACUGGAUGCUUUCCAAAUCUGAGGUAAGCCAAUACUUGAAGAAGGAGUUUCAGAAUCACGGGUACCCUCCCAAUGACACCUUGCACGAGAACAUGGUCAAAGACAUUUUUGAAAGAGAAGACAAGAAUAAAGAUGGAUUGAUAUCCUCCAGGGAAUUUACUUACAAACAUGAUGAACUUUGA